AUGGCAUUAAAUAAGUCUUUAAAAACUGGUCAUUUAUAUUCUGGGAGUGAUGGUGAUAAUUCAAUUAAUGAAAAUAAUGAUAAUAUGGAUAUUGAUGAAAUUAAUACAUCAAAAUCGACUAUUGAAGAUUCUAAAAUGAAAUUUAGUGCGAUUAUUCGUAAAGUUGUUGAUAAUGAUGUUAAGCGAGCAGAAACUUCUCUUAAGGCUCUUUGUGAUGUAAUGCCUCCACAGUUGCGUUUAAUAAUGAACGGUUCUUCUAUUAAUGAAGUAUUCGGUAAUGUCAACAUGAAGAUCCAACUUUCUAAUGAACAUAAAGAACGAAAGAUGAAUGAUUCCUAUAGUUUUGUUCCUCCUCCUUCAACCAUUGCCAAUGAAACAAAUACAAACAAAGAAAUAAAUUAUACUCGGGAAUCAAAUGAUUUAUGGCACAAUAAUAUAAAUCAUUUAGAUAAUCGGGGUAAUAAUGAUCAAGUUAAUAAUGAUCAAAUUAAUCAUGAUCAAAUUAAUAAUGAUCAAAUUAAUAAUGAUCAAGUUAAUAAUGAUCAAGUUAAUAAUGAUCAAGUUCAAAUAGAUGAAAAAGAAAUUGACAAACAAGAAGAGCUCUCAACAAAGUCUGUACAUCGUAAUGACCAUAUUCAAUCUGAACAAAAUAAACCUAUAGAACCGACAAAUCAUGAAAACUCUUCCACUACAGUCUUCUCAAACAAACGAAAAUCCACACAACCUAGGAAAUUUAUCAUCGAACAUCAUGAAACUGAAAGCAGGAUCAUUCGAAAAAGAGCUCGUCCAAACAUUAAAAAGAGGAAAGAUAUCAUUUCGAGCGAUGAAUCUGAAAAUAUGCAAACUUAUUCAGUUGACGAUCGGGAUCAAAUUAGUCAGCAUAACACUGAAGAGUCCUCAGAUGAUGAACCUAUCACUUCUUAUAAACAUAUAAAAUUGUCUACUACUCCUUCAAUAAUUGAAAAUCAAGACUCCUCUAAACCGAAAGGACGUUAUUCGACUAGAAAGUUAGCAAAUCCAAUCGUCAAAAAAGGAAAAAACUCCAUCGAUUCUAUAAAUUCUGAUCAAAUUAAUCUGUUACAAAAUGGUUUGAGUAAACCAUCGAUGAAAGCCGCAAGAAAAUUCGCUGCUCCUGUACCCAAACCUGCUCCUGCAAAACCACAACGACCUUUAGGUUCUUUUGGUUAUUUUCGUAAAGAGAUGUUCGAUAAUCGUGAUUCUAUGUUAAUUGGCCUCCCGUGGAGAGAAUGUAUAAAAAUCGUAGCACAACGUUGGAACUCAUUAAGUGAAGAGGAUAAAGAGCCUUAUAAUGAACUUCAACGCGUUGCAAGCAAGAGAUUUAAAGUGGAGAAUCGUGUAUAUCUUGACUAUUUAAAGGAGAAUGGAUUAGAGGAAGAAAAAAAGUGUAAGAUUUCCGAAAAAAACACUAGCAGACACACAAAUGAAAGCAAAAAGAGAAAUAUUAUAGAUGGCUCUGAAGACAGGAAGCCACGUAAAGUUUCAAAUAAUUCUUUGAACAAACCAUCGCCAAUCUCAAAAUCAAGAACUACCGCGAGUAAAAAUACUAUUCGUGCUGGCGCAGCAAGUCAUCCUCGUAAAUCUGGUGUGACUAAAAUCUUUAUCCCUUUUGUUCGUAAAGACUAA